UAUUGCCACACCGCUUACCGAGUCGAAAAAAUCGGUUGUUACAAGUUUAAAAGAAUCAUGCCGCGAGGAAAAGGAAAGAGAAAUGCCGAUACGGCAACUGGAGGCAGGAAAAGAGCGCGGAAUCAGUUGAAUGAAGUGGACAGCAGGCAUCAGACUGCUCAGAGGCAAAAUCGAGAACCCGCUGUGCAUUUUCCACCACCCCCACAACUAGGUAUAAGUCCAUUCGACGAUUUAAUUUCCCCUCCCACUGUCAUACCACAUCCGGACAUAACUCACCCUCAGUUUUCUCCCCCAGCUAACUCACCAACUUCAACCCCACCCCCUACGUUUCAAAUUGUAACCCCUCCCACUGUCAUCCCACAUCCAGAUAUAACCCAUCCAAGUGUUUUUAUCUCUUUAGGUAGUUGUGUCCCCCAAAAGAUAAAAGAAAAAAUCUGGGCAAGUGAAUUUUUAGACUUGGGGAUCUUACUGAAAUCACAACGCCAGUUAAAUGAAAUCUCAGAAUCCGGACCUGCUGGCGAAGUCCAGUUUAGGGAAGGAAGAUUUUUUGUGAAGCCCCAUGAGCAGGAGAGUUCAAAAUUGUCAAUUGAUCAGUGGACUUCGGCCUUUAUCAUGUAUACCAGCAUUUUUUUAGAACGAUUUCCAAUGAGGGCCCAAGAACUUCUGAAAUAUCUGCGGGAUAUUCGCUUGGCAUCUACUAGGUCACCUACUUGGUGGCAAUACGAUGAUCAGUUUCGCCACUUGCAAGCGUCAAAUCCUUCCAAUCACUGGGGUGUCAUUAAUGUAGAGUUAUGGCUUCUAUAUGUUUCAGGCUCUCCAGCAACACAAUAUCCUGUAAGGUUGAACACAUCCACUAAUUCUAGCACUCAACAAAAAUUUGUACCUAGUAAGUCCCAUAAUAAUGUAAGCCCGUCAUCACUUACUUGUAAUUUUUUCAAUACUGGUCGUCAUUGUCGCUUUACAAAUUGUAGGUACAAGCAUGCAUGCCAGCUCUGUGGAGGUAAUCAUCGCAGAACAGUAUGCCGCUCUAGUCAGCAGCAGUAAGGAACGAUU